AUGACUCCACACAGUCAUGUAGUACUGCGUCCUCUUCAUCAUGACCAUCACAUUAAUUUAUUCACCAUUGCUCGGAUCAGUAUGGCUGUGAUGGUGGUAUCCGUUUUGGUUCUAAUGACGAUGAUGAGUGUUAAUGAUGAUGGAAAAGUAUUGGCAAAUGAAAUUUUGUCCACUUCGGGAUCAGCAACACUACAAAGUAAAUUAGAUAUUGAAGUGAAAGCUACAUGGAAGGAGACUCCAUUAUUAUUAGAGGCUUUUGAGUUUUUUGCCGAUAAAUUUCCAGAAAAGAGAAUUUCGUUUUUAAAUUCAAUUCCAUGUGAGAGUGUGAAUCGUCAUGCUCAUGUCAAAAGUUUUGUGCUGGAUUUGGCAAGGCAAUUGAAUGUUUCAAAUGGAGAAGCGUCACUUCUCGAUUUUGCUCUUGAUACGAGACACUAUUCUCCAAGAGUUAAAGUUCAAUACACAAAGAACAUUAACAUUUCCACUACUGACUUGAAUUAUCCAAUAGAGAAGUCUGAAGAGAGCAUUGAAUAUCUAGAUCAUACAUUCAACACCAUAGGCCAAAAGAAAAUUAAUUUUCUAUUUGCUGACAUUUUGACAAAAGAUGGAUGUAUGGCUGUGCAAAAGUAUAUUUCUUCCAAUCAGAGCCCUUUUGUCUUGAGAUUGGUUCGAUUAACAAAUGAUGGAACAAAAAUUGAUCAAGAGGAGACAGUGAAGGAAACGUACAUGAAAGAAGAUGACCAUUCACAUAGUCAAUUACUAUCUAUUAGGGGAUAUGGCGUCGAAUUACAAAUCAAAAAUAUGGAGUAUAAGCAAACUGCUGAUGACGACUUUGUCAGUGGAAAUGAUACCUUCUUUAGAGGUGUUAAUUUUAACAAACUGAAGAAAAAUUAUUCACAUCUUUCUCAUGAUUUGGACACACUCAAGCUGCAUCUCCAACAAAAGGACUCAAAAUCAGAAAAACUCAAAGUAUGGGAAAUGAAAUAUUUUGGAUUGCAGGCUUUAACAAAAAUUAUGGCAGAAUCUUCGUUUGAUGCCAAACUGGAUCUAUUACAAAAUAUUGCUCAAAAUUUUCCUAGUUAUCUGAAAGAGUUAAAGAACACGGCAUUUGAAGAUGAAUUCAAAGAAAAGGUACAAUCUCAACUCUCGCGAUAUGAGAAUGCCUUCAAGACGAGAAAUCCAAACAAUCCUCAAGAGGUGAUACGAAGAAAUGCCAUGUUCUUGAAUGGACUAGAGUUGGACCUAUCAAAAUUAUCUGUCUUUUCUUUGUUCGAAGCCAUUGCCAAAGAAACAAAAUUUGUCAAGUUGCUCUCCUCCAAUUUCUUCCAAAGCAAGAACUCUAUUAAUGCUCUUUUUUAUAAUUCUGGCUCCCCAAAUAGAGAUCUUCGAUUCAAACUCUCCAAGAACUUGGAGAAGGAAAUUCAUUGGUUCAAUAAUAUUGAAGGUGAGGGUUAUCACAACUUUCCAAGAGAGCUCCAUACCAUGCUCUACACUACCAUGUAUGGCCAAAUGAGAUUUGUCAAGAGAAAUUUGUUCAAUGCAGUCUUCAUUAUUGAUCCUGCCAGCACUCAAAAGAGUGUCCAGCAACUACUCUAUAUUUUAGGUAACAUUAUGAAUAGAGGAUAUCCUAUUCGAAUUGGUGCUCUAUUUAUUCCUAAAGUAACUACAUCUUUUGUUGAUGUUGAUUUGGUGGGUUCCUCAACAACACCUCAAUCUGGUGUCAUUGAUGAUCUUUCUUUGCAUGCCAUCUCAUUAUUAGAGAGAAUGACAAAGGAAAAUAGAGCCAUCUUCCCAAUUUUAAGAGAAUUUAUGGACAGAGAUUCUUUUGAUAAGCAAUUUGUGGAUGAUCUUCAGAAGAGAUACUUUGGAUCUGUAAAACUUUCAAAACAAUCGGAUUUACUCAAUAGAUAUAAGCUUUUCACAGACAUGGGCUUCAAUGUUAAAGAAUCUCCAAUUAUCUUUGUGAACGGAGCUGUAAUUCAAUCGGAUGAGCCAGACAUGACAGGCGAUCAACUUGUCCUUAAGGGCGUCAGAGAUCAAUACGAGAGUGUUAAAAAUCUUAUCCGUGAGAAUACUAUUGUGGAUACAGACAAGAGUUUGCUCGAAAAAAUCAUUGAUCACUACAAGGGAUUCGACAAAUUCAACACUGAAAUCUUCCAAAGACAGAAAUAUAAUUUGGUAUCACUGGAUGAGUUGGAAGAGAUUGACAUGCUCCAAAAUCCUGAAGGUGAAGGAUCUGUUAAGCAAACAAACCUCAUUUGUCUCUCAGAGUCACGUGACUCCGCAUCAAUAAUCCGUGCUGCCAUUGAAUUUUUGAAAAAUAACAAAGAAACAAGAAUUGGUCUCUUGAAUGCAGACAAGAAAUUAUUGCACACUCACAACAAGUUCCACAGCGUAUACACACCUUCCUAUGAGACACAAAACACAAAAUUAACACACAAGCAAUUCUGUGCUAAAUAUUUCUCUAGUGAUGAAAUUGGAGUCAUUUCCAUGAAUGGAAGAACUAUUGCGCUCUCUGGAGAGUUUACCACCAAAGAUUUUGAAAUUCUAGGCGCCUAUGAAAGCGCAAAUCCAUCCAUGAAGAAAAUAUUAGAAGAAAACAAUUAUGCCAGCAUAGAUCCUGCUCUGGUUACUAGUGAUUUUAUUAGUGACAUCUUUUUCGGCGUUUCUUCUGCAUUCAAAGUGUUUAAUCGAUACCAUCGACAGGAUAUGAAUUAUAUUCAAGCAAGUGAUGUGACUACCUUAAAGACAAAUAAUAGUGGAGAUCUCAAGCUGAUUGCAAUUCUGAAUCCACUUUCCAAACAAGCUCAAAAAUUCACUCCAAUGAUCAAGUUCCUAAAGGAAAAAUUUGGUGAUCAUAUUGAAAUUGUGAUUCAUUUAAAUCCAGAUCUAGAAACUUCAAGUCUUCCACUUCAAAGUUACUACACGUUCGUCUUGAGUGGCAAUUCAAGUGUUGCUGAAUUUGUUGCCAAACAUAGUGAUGUGAAGGGACGUAUUUUUACAUUGUGGAUGGAUGUCCCAGAGUCGUGGUUAGUGGAUAGCACCUACGCAAAAGAAGAUUUGGACAAUUUGAAACUAGAUGAAUGUGUCUCAAGCAAGUGCUAUGCUCGCUUCCAACUCGAAUACUUUGUUGCGUCUGGAACCUGUAUUGAUGAUAAUGGACGACCUGUUCGAGGACUACAAUUGCAACUUGUUCACAAACAUGGAAGAAAUGCUGAGAAUGUGGAUGAUACAACUUUGGUGAUGGCAAACUUUGGAUACUUCCAAUUGCGAGCCUCCACACCAAACAUUUAUCAUGUCAAGUUACCACAAGGAAGACACUCUCGCAUCUAUUCCAUUCAAUACACAAAACAAGUAGACUUUUAUUAUCAGGAAGAACUUCAAACCUCGGAUGGAUAUGGACCCGCUGAUACUGAAAAUUUCCAUAUUUCUGUUCACUCCUUUGAUGCUCCAUUUGAGAGAGUCGUCGUGAAACGAAAUGAAGGAAUGGAACACGAAGAUUUGUUGGCCCAAGAAUCGAUGAAUAAGGACGAAUCGAGUUGGUCCUCAUGGCUCACGAAAUCUUCUUCCUCUGGAGGAGACGAAAAUAAGACCAUUCACAUCUUUUCAUUGGCGUCUGGAAUUAUGUAUGAGAGAUUACUCAAAAUUAUGAUUCUCUCGGUGCGAAAACAUUUGAAGAGAAGUGGAGUCAAAGUCAAGUUCUGGUUCCUGAAACAAUUCUUGUCACCAUCCUUUAAACAAUUCUUACCAGAGUAUGCAAAAGCGUACAACUUUGAAUAUGGUCUGAUUAGUUAUCAAUGGCCUCAUUGGCUACACAAGCAACAAACCAAGCAACGUUUGAUUUGGGCCUAUAAGGUUCUCUUCCUCGAUGUUCUGUUCCCUCUGCAAGAAGUUCACAAAAUUAUUUUCGUGGAUGCCGAUCAAGUCUGUCGAACGGAUAUGUCUGAAUUGUUCUUUGACCUUGAUAUGCAAGGAAAAGCAUUGGCUUAUACACCAUUCUGUGACUCGAGAAAAGAGAUGGAAGGAUAUCGAUUCUGGAAGACUGGAUAUUGGUCCAAUCAUCUUGGAGGCAGGCCCUAUCACAUUUCUGCACUUUAUGUUGUGGAUAUUGAUUUAUUCAGAAGAAACUAUCAUGGAGAUCAAUUCAGAAUGGUCUAUGAUAAUCUCGCUCGAGAUCCAAACAGUUUAUCCAAUUUGGAUCAAGAUCUUCCAAACUAUGCCCAGCACAAUGUGCCUAUUCGUUCACUUCCUCAAGAGUGGUUGUGGUGUGAGACUUGGUGUUCUGACGAAAGUAAGCCAAAAGCUAAAACCAUUGAUCUCUGUAAUAAUCCAAUGACAAAGGAACACAAAUUGGCGAGUGCAAAGAGAAUUAUUCCUGAAUGGGUGGACUAUGAUAAUGAAAUUAAGGAAUUCCAAAAGAAAAUUGGUGCACAUUAA